AUGCAGCACGCACGAUCGCGCGCUCACCUCAAGCCCUCGCCCCAAGCCCUCGCCCCAAACCCUCGCCCCGAGCCCUCGCCCCAAGCCCUCGCCCCGAGCCCUCGCCCCAAGCCCUCGUCCCAAGCCCUCGCCCCAAACCCUCGCCCCAAGCCCUCGUCCCAAGCCCUCGUCCCAAGCCCUCGCCCCAAACCCUCGCCCCAAGCCCUCGCCCCAAGCCCUCGCCCCAAACCCUCGCCCCGAGCCCUCGCCCCAAGCCCUCGUCCCAAGCCCUCGCCCCAAGCCCUCGUCCAAGCCCUCGCCCCAAACCCUCGCCCCAAGCCCUCGUCCCAAGCCCUCGUCCCAAGCCCUCGCCCAAAACCCUCGUCCCAAGCCCUCGCCCCAAGCCCUCGCCCCAAACCCUCGUCCCAAACCCUCGUCCCAAGCCCUCGUCCCAAGCCCUCGCCCCAAGCCCUCGCCCCAAACCCUCGUCCCAAACACUCGUCCCAAGCCCUCGUCCCAAGUCCUCGCCCCAAGCCCUCGUCCCAAGCCCUCGCCCCAAACCCUCGCCCCAAGCCCUCGUCCCAAGCCCUCGUCCCAAGCCCUCGUCCCAAACCCUCGUCCCAAGCCCUCGCCCCAAACCCUCGCCCCAAGCCCUCGUCCCAAGCCCUCGUCCCAAGCCCUCGUCCCAAACCCUCGCCCCAAACCCUCGUCCCAAACCCUCGUCCCAAGCCCUCGCCCCGAGCCCUCGUCCCAAACCCUCGCCCGAGCCCUCGUCCCAAACCCUCGUCCCAAACCCUCGUCCCAAGCCCUCGUUCCAAACCCUCGCCCCAAGCCCUCGCCCCAAACCCUCGUCCCAAACCCUCGUCCCAAGCCCUCGUCCCAAGCCCUCGCCCCAAGCCCUCGUCCCAAGCCCUCGCCCCAAACCCUCGCCCCAAGCCCUCGUCCCAAGCCCUCGUCCCAAGCCCUCGCCCCAAACCCUCGUCCCAAACCCUCGUCCCAAGCCCUCGCCCCAAGCCCUCGCCCCAAACCCUCGCCCCGAGCCCUCGCCCCGAGCCCUCGUCCCAAGCCCUCGCCCCAAGCCCUCGUCCCAAGCCCUCGCCCCAAACCCUCGCCCCAAGCCCUCGUCCCAAGCCCUCGUCCCAAGCCCUCGCCCCAAACCCUCGUCCCAAACCCUCGUCCCAAGCCCUCACCCAAGCCCUCGCCCCAAGCCCUCGCCCCAAGCCCUCGUCCCAAACCCUCGCCCCAAGCCCUCGCCCCAAGCCCUCGUCCCAAGCCCUCGCCCCAAGCCCUCGCCCCAAACCCUCGCCCCAAGCCCUCGCCCCAAACCAUCGCCCCAAGCCCUCGCCCCAAGCCCUCGUCCCAAGCCCUCGCCCCAAGCCCUCGCCCCAAACCCUCGCCCCAAGCCCUCGCCCCAAACCCUCGCCACAAGCCCUCGCCCCAAGCCCUCGUCCCAAGCCCUCGUCCCAAGCCCUCGCCCCAAACCCUCGUCCCAAACCCUCGUCCCAAGCCCUCGCCCCAAGCCCUCGCCCCAAACCCUCGCCCCGAGCCCUCGCCCCAAGCCCUCGUCCCAAGCCCUCGCCCCAAGCCCUCGUCCCAAGCCCUCGCCCCAAACCCUCGCCCCAAGCCCUCGUCCCAAGCCCUCGUCCCAAGCCCUCGCCCCAAACCCUCGUCCCAAACCCUCGUCCCAAGCCCUCGCCCCAAGCCCUCGCCCCAAACCCUCGUCCCAAACCCUCGCCCCAAGCCCUCGCCCCAAGCCCUCGUCCCAAGCCCUCGCCCCAAGCCCUCGCCCCAAACCCUCGCCCCAAGCCCUCGCCCCAAACCCUCGCCCCAAGCCCUCGCCCCAAGCCCUCGUCCCAAGCCCUCGCCCCAAGCCCUCGCCCCAAACCCUUGCCCCAAACCCUCGUCCCAAGCCCUGCGGCCCCGCGGUGGUUGCGCCCCGACAAGCCGAGGAGGAGUCGCGCUGCCUCGGGCACGCUUUGCUUGCUGUGCCCGCGAUCCGGGUUCGACUCAUGGCCGUGGCACGUGCACGAGUUUCCCCUUAUGAUUGGCCGGGCGGAGCUCCGCGCCACUCGGCGGAGUCCCCCUGCGGCCGCGCGGGGCCCAGCGCCGCGUGCGAUGCGCGUCGACCCUCACCGUCUGGAGCGCUCGCGGUGA